CAAAGUAGUGGUCUUCGAUAGAUUACUCAUCCACUGAAUUUUGUCGUUUAGUGCAUUUAUUUAAUAUUUUUUAUUUAUUUUCUUUGCUCUUCUCUUGAGGCUUCUUGAGCCGUUUCCUUAUUGGCCUUUGCCGUCCCUCCUCUGCUCCUUUUUUCUGGGUUUCCAAACUCUCCUGAGUUGCAGAUCUUUUUUUUUUUUUGCGCUUUAAUUAGUUGCUGGUGUUUUUCUAGCUGCAACCUGCGCGACUGGAUGAGACAAUUGCUGGAAGUUGUUUUAUCCGAUUUCAAUGGUUUGAAGAGUAAAAGAAGAGACAGUUCUCGAGCGCUCUAACAAAACACAGACAAUGGUGGCUCUGGCAGCGAGCAUAUCGGCAAUAGCCAUGGCCUCAAAUCUCUGCUACUCCAAAUCGGAUUUUCGACGAACAAAGCCGGCGACGAAAGUUAUGAGUUCAACAAAGCUAGCCAUCCAAAAUCCACUUCGCUUCUCAUCCCACAAUGCAAAAGUGUCUCUCUCCAUUCGAGCUCGCGACCCACAAAGAGACAAUGAUGAUGUGCAACAAGUCACCAACAACACUGCUUUCAUUUCUCAGAAGGAUUUGGACUAUUUGUGGAAAUUGGUAGUUGGAUCUGUAGUAGGUGCUGCUAUAAUAAAGUAUGGAAGUGUGGUUUUUCCAGAGAUAACAAGACCCAACAUCACGCAAGCACUUCUCAUGAUAGUAAUUCCUGUUGUUGUGGCUGUUUUGCUUUUAAUAAAUCAAAGUAGCAAAGAAGAACCAAGCUAGAAACUUUGUGCGAACUUUUGCUACUUCAGAAUCAUGUACAUGACCAUAUUCUGAUCAAAAAUUGCCUGGACUAUGAUUCUUCAAUUUCAAGAUAAGAGAGUUAAAAUCAAGUUGUGGAUGCAA